AUGGUUUGGUGUAUAGUGACUGAGUACGCUAAAGGAGGCUCUGUGAGGCAGUUCUUGACUAAGAGGCAGAACCGGGCCGUGCCUUUGAAGCUAGCGGUUAAGCAGGCGCUUGAUGUUGCUAGGGGUAUGGCUUAUGUCCAUGGACGUAACUUCAUUCACAGGGAUCUCAAGUCUGAUAACCUUCUCAUCUCAGCUGAUAAGUCCAUCAAGAUUGCUGAUUUUGGGGUUGCAAGAAUCGAAGUUAAGACCGAAGGAAUGACUCCUGAAACCGGAACUUACCGGUGGAUGGCUCCAGAGAUGAUACAGCAUAGGGCCUACAAUCAGAAAGUGGAUGUGUACAGUUUCGGGAUUGUGCUCUGGGAGCUGAUCACAGGACUGUUGCCGUUCCAGAACAUGACAGCUGUGCAGGCAGCGUUUGCGGUUGUGAACCGCGGAGUGCGUCCGACGGUGCCGAGCGAUUGUCUUCCGGUGCUGAGUGACAUUAUGACUCGUUGCUGGGAUGCGAAUCCUGAGGUGCGUCCAUGUUUUGUGGAGGUGGUGAGUCUGCUUGAAGCUGCAGAGAUAGAGAUAAUGACGACAGCGAGAAAAGCCCGUUUCAGAUGUUGCAUGACUCAGCCAAUGACGAUUGACUAA